UACCAUAUGGAAUGUCAGAUACUCCUCUCAUUCAUAAAAUGUAUAUGCCUGUGUAAGCCAAGUUGGAAAUAUGAAAUCACAUGUCACUCCAAGAAGGAUUUCAUGUUAAAUCCCCAUUAACCUUAAAUACGGAUCCUCCCAGCCCUACACUUGUCACUGUGGCGCCUUUUAUACAGCAGGUAUAAAAUAAGUUUAUGGGGUUGGUGAAAUACAAGUCUGAUUCUUCUCUCCGGAUUUGGAAGCAACAUGGACUCUGGAUCUUUACUUUACAAAGCGCCCAUGCUUCUUGGUGCCCUCUGUAUGGUGCUGAGUGUCCAGGAUGUAGGUGCACAGGCUACAAAUUCCACAGUGGUUCCCGGUUGGGGAAUAGCUCUUCUCACCAUGAUGAGCAUAAUGGCUGCACUUACUUUGGGUUUCAUGAUGAUCAUACCGUGUUGGUGUCGCAGUACAACUUAUGACUGCCAAGAGGGAAUUUCAUUUUACUCCCCCCAUACCAUGUUGAGUGCUGCAAAUGCCUGCCAAACAACCUGCCAGCCAACUUGUCAACCAGCCUGCCAACCAGCCAGCCAACCAUCAUGCCAACCAGCCUGCCAACCAGUCUGCCAGCCGUCCUGCCAACCUGAGCCAUCCUGCCAACCUGACUGCUCACCAAUCUGUCAACCUGACUGCCUGCCAACCUGCCAAUCUGAAUGCCAGUCAGUCAGCCAGUCUGACUCUCAAUCAAUCUGUGAAUCAGUCUUCCAACCAGCUUGUGAACCAGAAUGUUGAGAGAUACGAGAGACAUUGAUUGAUAAUUAGAAAGAGUAACAUCUAUUCUUAUUACCUUAAUAUGUGCCAUAGAUAUCUAUAGUUUAGUAAUCAGUAUUAACCAACCAGAUUUCAGUUCACUGUAGUCAGAUCAGAGAAAGAGACAUUUGAUUUGAUGGUUUUUAUGGGCUACUUCAAAUUCUGUACUGUUUUAAAACUGGUAACUCCACUCAAUAGCACUUAUGCAUGCUGUUAGAUGGGGGCAAAGCUGGAUCUUUUGCAUCUUCACUGCUGUUCAGGACCCUGACAAAUAGAUUUUUCCUUUGUUCAUGGCACUGAAGUGAUGAAUUGAGAGCUUGCUUUUAUGGUAAAGGAACCUGUCAUAAGAGAAGCAUGGAGACUGCCAUUACAUUACGAUUUUACCUACUUAAAAUGUUAGUUGUCUAGCUGUUAUACUGAUAAACUCACUUUAAUACCACUGACUCAAAUCAAGUAUUUUGAUAAGUUCUGAUUUUAAGGGAACCUCAGAAGGACAUCUGACCCAUUCUGACCAGGAAGGGUACCAACAUGCCUUACCGAAAAUAGAGCACCAAUACAACAAUAUGGGACUUUUUAGGUACCAAUACACAAUAAUUAUUUUAAAAAAAUCAUAAUAAAAAAAAAAAAAAACAAGGAUGUCUAAAAGAUCUUUAAAUAUGGAGUGGAGGACUACAACAACCACUUCCUCAGGAUAUCCUGUUAAUCUUCAGAGUAAGUAGCCAAUACAGUCCACAAAUGCACCCAGACUCAUCUUUUUUCCCUCAUUUCGUAUAUUGAAGAUCGUUUGAGCAUCCUUGUAGACAAUUCAAGUGUAUGAAACUAUGUAGGAGGGAUACAAAGAUACAGGGGAUGUGUCUAAUAUUGUUGUGCCAACUUUAAUAAUUUAUUUUAAAGAUAAAAAAAAUUUGAAUUUUAGAAAUGAGUAUUGUGUAUUGGUACCUAAAAAUCCCCAUGUUAUAUUGUUGUUGGGAUUUCUGUCUUUAGUCAGACUUUUAUCAUCUGCAUACCUUUUAUUGGCCCUGGUUCAGAAGAUAGUAAAGUGAGUUGAUCAGCAUAUUGGUCGGGUAACUUGCAAUUUUAGAAGGUAGUCAGUGAUGGCAAUCUUCA